AUGCAGCUGGAGGAUUGGCUGGAUGACCUCUGUGUCCGAUUCAUCAUCAAUCUACCGCCGGAGGAGCUUGAGUCCGUAGAGCGCAUCUGCUUCCAAGUCGAGGAGGCGCAAUGGUUCUACGAAGACUUCAUUCGACCCCUUGAUCCUUCUCUCCCUUCCCUUUCUCUACGUGCCUUCAGUCUACGCAUCUUCCAACACUGUCCGCUUUUCUCCCAAUGGUCUGCUCAGCACCAUACCACCGCUUACGCGGAGUUCCUCGCGUACAAAUCCCGCGUCCCCGUUCGAGGGGCCAUUUUGCUGAAUGAGUCGAUGGACGAGGUCGUCCUUGUGAAAGGUUGGAAAAAGAGCGCACAUUGGAGCUUCCCUCGUGGGAAGAUUAACAAGGAUGAGAAUGAUCUCGAUUGUGCGGUGCGGGAGGUCUACGAGGAGACCGGUUUCGACGUCCGUGAGGCCGGACUCGUCAAGGAUGAGAAGGACAUGAAAUAUAUCGAAGUCACGAUGAGAGAACAACACAUGAGACUAUAUGUUUUCCGAGGGGUGCCCCGAGACGCGCAUUUUGAACCCAGGACACGAAAGGAGAUCAGCAAGAUCGCAUGGUAUAAGCUGACAGAUUUGCCCACCUUGAAAAAGAAUAAUCAUCGCCAGCAUGAAGGCAGCGGUACCGACCGUGCAUCAAUCAGCGCAAACAAAUUUUAUAUGGUGGCACCCUUCCUGAACCCACUCAAGAAAUGGAUAGCUCAGCAACGAAAGAAAGAAAACCGAUACAGCUCGCACCUUGCAGCACCCCCCAUGGUGCCCGAGGAGGUGACUACUGAGGAUGAAGAAAACGAUGUUGGCGCACUCCGCGGAGAGCUCCUACCGUCGGCUAUCAGCGAUCUGCCCGAAGUCUCUGAUUCUACUGCGGUCGACCCAAGUUUACAUCUCAAGGAGCUGCUCCAGAUUGGAGGACAAGCUGUGCCGCCUCCCGCGACGUUGCCACCAAGUCAUAUGCCGCAGGUCGACACUGAGAAGUCGAACGCGCUUCUGGCUCUUCUGCGAGGGGACCUACAGGGUCAGUCCGCUGCCGUACCCCGGACUCCCCUGGAACAGAUCUCCUUGCCGCCUGAGGUCCAACGGUCGCCACAUAUCUCACAUGUGCGGCAGCCACGGAUUGAUCAAGCCCAGCCCCCAGCACCAUUCCCGCCGCAGUUCCAAGACCAGACGUUGCCUUCUGCACAGGCAUCUCAGCAAAGACCAAACGAUUCAACCAUCGCCGCGGCUGCGGCGGCUUAUCCCACCCAUAACGUCCCACGAGUCACACCAUUCCAAAGGACCACCGAUCCAUUGUUUGCUCCUGAAGGCGCGUUGCGGCGCGAACAGGCAACCAUACCUCCAGCCAGCGCGUUGCCUAAGCUGACAAAUCACACGAAAGCGUUACUCGAUGUUUUCAGAGGAGCAAAGAGCCCACCUAUCCAGCCGUCAACGCAUUUUGAGACGCCAGCCACGAAUGUUCAGAGCCGGGUCGAGGCAUUGCAGGCCCCGCCAGUGCAAAGACAGAACAUACCGGCCGAUCAGACUAUCCGAGGCAUCGGCCAAGGUUCGGCUCCUUGGUCUCUGAAUGCGCCCGCACAAUCAACCGCAAAUGCAGGGGUUGAAAGCCAGGUUCCCUCUCUACUGCCUUCUCGACGACCUCAAAGCGCACAGCAGACAUCCCUUCUUCAGCUUUUCACUCAACCGUCCCCACCGAAACCAAGGGAGAGCUCAAUCACCCCACGUCAACCACCGGUGGAGCUCGCAGCGACAGCUCCUUCCACCUCUUCUCAGAAGUCGAAGGUGAACAAGGACAAUCUGCUCUCGCUGUUGGGGAAGGGUGGCAAAGACGCAUCACGAAAGGCAGCCGAGGUUAAGCGUCCGUCUCCAAGAGAGGGUGAAACGGCUGCUACUAUCAGUGGUCCCUUGAAUCAACCCGAAUUUGAAGUCGUCUCUCGGGCGACGCGGCAUGGGGCGAACGAGAUGGGCCGCAACCCAGUCCCUGCCAACAGGACCCUAUACGAUCCCAAUCAACCAGCACCGGUCAAGAUAUUGACACGGUCGGAAGAAUCUCGCUCCCAGGCACCGCGGUCUCCAAGAGGUGCCAAGUCAACACCAAGGCGUGCAGCGAAGGAAAGGGCAUUGCCUAAGGAGCAAGCAAAACCGUUUCAGCCUCAGAUUCUUCGUCGGCCGCAAACCAUUGAAGCAGCUAUAGCUGGUGGGCUCACCGCUACAAGUGAGGCUCCAAAUCAACAGCUGAUUUCGACUGCCAAGGUGGAUAGUGGUGAACAAUCGACGCCGAGCCGGAAGCCUUCCCAAACAGAGGCGCAAAAACAAACAUUACUUUCUCUCUUUGGUGGAGGAGGAUUGGACACUGCAGCUGCAGCUGGUGCAACCACUUUGCAGCCCAGUUCGGGCAUAGUGUCGCCUUUGACGACUAGUCAAAUCCUCAAUGCCAAUGGCGAGAUGCCGCUGUCUGGGAUUGAGCCCAUUUCCACUCGGACGUCCCGUGUGGGGAGCAUGACCUCGAUCGUGAGUGGGCCAGGAACAGGGCGUCCCGCGGGCGAAAAGCGACAAACAGGCGCUGAAAAUAAGGCAUUCCUUUUGGGCUACUUGGGCAGAAUCGCAAGCCAGGAGCAAUGA